AUGACGGCGAGAGACUGUGUGAGAGUAGCAGUGAGAGUUCGACCCUUCAACAAGAGAGAGAGGGAUGCUGGGAGUCGCUGUAUCGUUUCUAUGAACGCUAACACCAUCAGUAUUCAGGAUCCGCGCGCUCAGCAGCACCAGCGAACGUUCACCUUCGAUUUAGCGUUCUGGUCUCACAGCGGCUUCGUGAGGAGGUCAGACGGACUUCUGGUUCCUGAGGAGGACGGCGGCCGCUACGCUGACCAGGUGAGUGUGUUUGCGGGUGUGGGACAGGGCAUCGUGGAGAACGCUCUGCUGGGGUACAAUGCCACCCUGCUGGCGUACGGACAGACCGGCUCCGGGAAGAGCUACUCCAUGAUGGGCUUCGGGGCCAACAAGGGCCUCGUCCCAAAUCUGUGCUGCUCGCUCUUCAGCUUCAUCACAGCCAAUCAGGAGAAACGCCAGUGCCAGGUCUUCUUCAGUAUGCUGGAAAUCUACAACGAGCAGGUGAUGGACCUGUUAUCCCGACCGCCCCGCUCCCCCGGCGGUCUGCGUGUACGUGAGGAUCAGCAGCGUGGGUUUUACGUGGAGGGCUUGAGGAGGGUGGCGUGUGACGGCGCCCUACAGGUGGAGCAGCUGAUGGAGCAGGGUACUCGAACCCGCACCACCGCCACCACCAACAUGAACGCCAACAGCAGCCGCUCACACAUGAUCAUCAUCCUACAGUUCAAACAGAUCUUCUGUAGAGAGUGCAUCACCAAGGAAUCCAACAUUAACCUGGUGGACCUGGCAGGAAGUGAACGACAGAGAUCUUCAGGGUCUGAGGUGGAUCGUCUGAGGGAAGGAACCGCCAUCAACCUCAGCCUCACCACGCUGGGUAACGUCAUCAGCGCUUUAGCAGAAGUGGCUCUGGGGAGGAGAUCCAUCUACAUUCCUUACAGAGACUCGGUCCUGACCAAACUCCUGCAGUCGGCACUCGGGGGGAACAGCCGCACCGCCAUGAUCGCGACCCUCAGUCCUGCUGAUAUUUGUUACGAGGAGUCGCUUUCCACCCUGAGAUACGCCGAGCGGGCCAAGAGGAUCCAGAACAAGGCCGUGGUGAACGAGGGCCCAACGGAGAGGCUGGUUAAAGAACUGAAGGCUGAAAAUGCUAAACUGCUGCUGAGGCUGAACAAACUGGACCAGGAGGGUCGACAGGCAGAUCAGGAGACGAAAGAUCUGAGACGUUUAUUAACUCAUAACGAGCUGCAGAUUCGAGCCAUACAGACUCUGUGGGAGCAGCACCUACAGGAAGCUCUACAGGACUGGGAGAGCCAGUACACUACCAUCACACAGGAGAGGAGGAUGAUGCAGAUGUUCCCGUACAUGCUGAACAUUAAUGAGGACGUUCAGCUCUCUGGAGUCAUCAAGCUUUUCCUCCAGGAGGGUGACUGGGACGUGGGGUUGGCGAACGGUUCCUCUAAAUCCAUCUGCAUCAGAGGUCUGGGUAUCCAGGACCGACACGCUAUCUUCUCCAAUCACCAGCGACAAGUGACCGUCACUCCAGUGUCGGGGUCAAAAAUCACAGUCAACGGUGCGACCAUAACCCACACCACCGAGCUCCGGCACCUGGACCGCCUGAUCCUGGGUUCUAACAGCACCUUCCUGUUUAUGGGGUUCCCGUCGGAGCGAGCGGGCGAGGACUGGAGCCAGUACGAUUACGAUUAUUUCCAGUCUGAAGUGGCAGCAGCUGAAGGGAUCGACCUCCGUACGCUGUGUGAUCCCCGCAGCCAGAGAUCACCACAGCCCAACCCCAGUCUGCUGGCGGCUUCCUACGACUACAUCAAGCUCAUGCCCAUGGUGACGGAGGCCAAUCAGAUGAGCCGGGAACUCAACAAGGGGGUGGAGUUCAGGUUGGAGAUAAAGAACCUGGCCAUGUCUGAUUCUAAAGGUCAUGACCUGGAGAAGGAGAUCGUGGUUCGGGUGCUGAACGUGCCGAAAAAGCAGGUGUGGCUGUGGUCCAAAGCCAAGUUCAUUAACCGGAAGUUCCUGAUGGAGGAGCUGUACCAGCAGGGGGCGUCGCUUCCCUCCCAGCCCAGAGACUCGGACCCUUUCUGGGACCCGGUGGAGCCGCUACACCUGGGCAGCGCUCACCUGUGGCUGCACUCGCUUCCUUUCUGCAUCUCUGUGGACGAGCAGGUGGAGGUGGUGGGACCCGAGGGCACCGAGGAGGGCAUGCUGAACGCCUGUCUAGUGCCCUGCAGCCCCACAGGAUUGCCUUUAGGGGAGGACGACAUCCUCAUCGACCCCACAGAGCUGCUGGGAAAGCGUCUGGACUUCCAGCUGAUCCUGGAUCAGUGUUGUGGUUUGUGCUGGGUUAAAGAGGAUCGAACCCGUGGCGUGCAGAUCAGAUUCCAGAUGUUCGACUGUCCAGAGCUGCUCUACACUCCAGCGGUUUGGCAGUGUGUAAAUCCACAGCUGGAUUACAGUGUUCAGUUCACCUCCAUGAGCACCACCAACACCCUGCUGAACUACCUGCAGAGUAACGCUGUGGUGCUGCAACUCUGGGGCCUGCAGCAGGGAUGUCCUGAACCUGAGCCCAGUCUGGACGACUUGAAGAAAACCCCAGAGAACAGCGUCCUCAUCGACAUAGCCGAGUCCCCGGAGCUCACGCUUGCAGUAAUGUCAGUAUCAGAUGAGAGUGAGUGUUUGAGAGCUCUACAUGAAGAUCUGGAGCAGCUGAAGAACAUGAACGCAGCUCUGAUGAAGGAGAAUCAAACACUGAGAGAUCAGCUCAACACACAACACGGUACGGAGCGCUCUCGAGGACGCCGGGGGGGAGUUAAAUCCAGCUGUGAUGCUGAGUUCGCUCGGGCGCUGAAGGUCUUCUAUCACAGCAUGACGUCGGUUCGAGCUCAGCUGCAGCGACUGCGCAGACACAGACCCAGCGAGGAAGCAGAUCUUCUGGACCUCCGGCUGUUUGUGGAUGACCACUCUCACCAGCUGAAGGAUUUCAGCGAGCAGUUGGAACAGUGUGUGUGCACCCUGAAACAGGAAGUGGCCGCCAUCGUCCACAGGAAGAGAGAAAAGUCUGCGAUCUGGUCCUAACGACACGUCGUGGUCGAGGUGUCAGAAUAUAUAAACAGCCAAAAGUAUGUGGACACCUGAGCAUACGCUGGUCUAUAUACAGUAUAUAUAGAGCUACACUUCUGCAAUAACCACCACCGUUAUUAUAGACUUCAUACGUUUUGUUUUAUCCUCCCUCGUUUCAGUAUUUCUGGCUCAGAGAGGGUCGGUUUGAUGAUGUCGGGUACAGAACGUGGAUAAAUUGCAGCUGAAACCUGGUAGUUAAAUCAUCUCAUUAUUACAUCAGAAUAUCAAACCAUCACAUCAGAUCAGAUCAGAUCAGACUCAAAAAUCAUCUUUUAUUUAUUUAUAUUUAACAGUAGCUGGUUUAUUCAUUAGUGCAAACAUUAGUGAAGAACAUGCAAACAUUCUGAAGCUCUCAACAAAAACACAAACCAAACACGUGACCCCCAAAAACAUCAAAUACAGAAUAAAAUCCUUCCUGCUGAGUGUU